CUUGCAAUAUGAAGGCAUUCAUAAGGAGCCCUGCACUGUUCAGUUCAUUACUCCUAGUGUUAAUCCUGGUGCUCUCAACCAAGAAUUCAGCCCAUGGCAGGGCAGUAGGGCCUCAACUCAACAAAGGGAGAGGCUCAGAGCAGAAAACGAGGGAUGACUGCCCAACCGAAAUAGACUCCCUGUUCCCUACAAGCGUGGAAGUCAGCAUCAACAUCAGCAACACGAACAAUACUACCAAAAUGGCUCAGGAUGUCAAUCUCCGGUCUUUGUCUCCCUGGAAUUACAGCUUCACCAAGGAUCCCAACCGGUUCCCCCAGGUGAUCAUCGAGGCCAAAUGCCACCACUACAGCUGUGUGGACUCCACAGGCCGGGAAGACUACAGCAUGAACUCUGUCCCCAUUCGGCAGGAGAUCCUGGUCCUCCGACGGAAGCUGAGGGACUGUCAGUAUGUCUACCGCCUGGAGAAACAGCUCAUCACUGUGGGCUGCACCUGCGUGAUGCCCCUCAUCCAACACCAAUCCUGAGAGAAGCCAGUAGGGCAGGAAGAAUUUGUUAUCCGAGUGGUCACCACAGGGCUCAUAAAGCCUAGCCAAACUCCCGUUGGAAAGAGUUGGACCCUCCCUCUUGACUUUAAUAGGAAUUCAGCCAGGCCUUUGUGAUUAGCCAGAGUCAAACAGAGCAAAUCCAAAGAAAAAGCAUUAAAACCCCAUGAAAAUUGUAGGGAGACAUGUUAUAUGUUUGCAUCUCUGCUUACAUCAUCUAAUUUACAUAAUUCUAUUUAUAUCACAGUAAUUGCUGGGGGGCGGGAUAAUGUA